GGGAUGAAAAGUGUUUUGUAUCCUCUAGUUGUAAAAAAACAUGGUGGCGCUGGAGGUCCGCAGCUGUUCGUGGAAGAAGCCGCCUGUUGGAGCUGUUCUGGGGCAUGUGGCUCAGAGGAAAGGGGGCCGUCUUCCUCUCUGACCAGUCGAUGAAAAAAAAACAAAACCACCGAGCUGCACAAGGGCCGAGGGAUGCACGACGGCCCAGAGGAAACACGGCGUUACAGGCGGAACACGCAGGACUGCUGAUGCUGCUAAACAUGGAGUACCACCGCCUUUGUGGAGUAAACCCAGUGCACGCUGAUGUGGCCGCUCAGUGAGUUUGUAAAAAGCAAAAAGAUUUGGCUUCUACUUUGUUUUAUUUUCUAUCGUUCAUACUCACAUCUGCAACGAUGCGGGCUGCGGGCUGGAGACGAGCCGCCACCGCCGCGGUUGUACUCUGCCUCCUGGGAUACCUCGUCUGCAGAGCCGACGCCAAAACCUUACCGGAGGGACCGGCCACUGAAGAGGUGACUCUGAAGGUUCACCUGAGCGAUGCCAGCACUCACCAGCCCCUGGGAGGAGCCACUAUACAGCUCUUCGCCAACCACACUUCUGUAACCACGGAAACCUCAUCACCUGACGGCAACACCUACCUACACUUUCCAUACCGCCUUGGGACACCGUUGGUCGUCACCGCAACCAGACAGGGAUAUGUGCCAAACUCUGUGCCCUGGACUCCAUCCAGAUUACCUGUAUUUUCCUCCAUCAGCCUGGAACUGCUACCAGAAAGAGCUGCUACUCUGAUGGUGUAUGAAGAUGUUGUUGAGAUUGUUUCAGGCUUACAAGGUUUCAGGCCUCAGCCAAGUGUUCAUUUCCAGCGCAGAGCUCUGAGUCUUCCCUCCAACACAUCUUACGCCAACUUAACCGCUCUGCUCACUGUGGCCAGCUCCCCCUCGCACAUCCAGCACUUUCCCCACCUGCAGGUCCUCAGCGGCAACGGCACAGGGACAGAUAAGAGGUUUGAGUUGACUCCUGUGGCAGCCAUCUCUGUUCACUUAUUGGCCAGCGACGGAGAGGAGCUGCAGGUGAAUGAGCCAAUCACGGUCUCAGUCCCCCUGCCGGCCGACAGUGGCCUGAAGGAAAAUGAUCACAUCCCUGCUUGGAGAUUUGACCCGCGCUUGGGUGCCUGGAUAAAGAGCAGUUGGGGACACGUGCAGCGGGACGGCAACCAGCUCAGUCUGACCUACAUCGCUCCUCAGCUGGGAUAUUGGGUAGCAGCCAUGUCCCCAAUACACUCGGGUCCAAUGUUUGCAAAGGACAUCAGCAUGUACCACACCAUGUUCCUGUUGGCCAUACUGGGAGGCAUGGCUCUCAUCCUGCUCUGCCUGCUCUGCCUCCUGUUGUACUACUGCAGGCGUCGUUGUUUAAAGCCUCGAGGGUCUCACCGCAAGCUCACACUGUCCUCUGGUCUGGACGGCGCUAAGAGGGACCAAGCCACCUCCAUGUCCCACCUGAACCUCAUCAGCAACGAGGUGCAGCUGGAACUUGUUUCUACAGCGACUGAGCCCGACAUGACCACGCCAAUGCUGAAGCCCUCCUCAUAUGAGCACCAAGACAAUCAUCGCCAACACAGCCUAAUCCAUCACAGCAAACACAGUCGCUCGUCUCUCGGCAACAACAGCCACCACGGCUCGUCUCUUGGCAAUCUGACGCCUCGCAGCAGAGACUACCGGCAGUCUGUGGAGACGUUCCAAUUAAAGGCCGCUCUCUCAUGCGGAACAGACCGAGGCUACCGUCAAUCAUACACCUCCGUCUGCUCGUCCAGCAAUCCGAUUUCAGACGCGUCGGCCAAUCACUGUCAGGUGUCGGCUAACCAGCUGAGCAGUGUCGGGAUUGUUGACUGCAUCUCCCCUUCCUCUCCUCCUCACUCCCCCAGUAGAGGGGAGGGUUGUGAGUGCCGAGCUCCAGACUACCUUCUGUCCCGCUCUGUGGACCACCUGGAGCGUCCCAGUCCCCCAAUGCUCCCCCGGCCGGGCCAGCUGCUCUGCUGCGGCUCUGUGGACCUGCUGAGUGGAGGAGAAGGCUACCCGAGGGUGCGUCCUACGCUGGUGAUCCCGGCACACUACAUGCGCCUGCCCGGGGAGCACCCGCUGUCCGGUCAAGCCCUCCUUCUGCAGACUGACCAGCAGAGUGACUUGGAGACCAUCAAGGCUGAGCUCAAUGCCUCACAUUCCCAGCAGCCCCUGGGGCAAUCUCCCACUGACUGCGCCCCAUGUCCCACCAAGCAAGGUGACGGAGAACGGCGUGGCCUGUCAGAGUCUAUGUCUAUCCCAGCAGCGCUCGGGGAAACCGGUCUAGUGGAAAUAAACAGUGAGGACACCUUGUUGGCUGAAAAGACUUUAAUGGAGCUAAGAGGAGGGAAGCCUCUUCCUCACCCACGAGCCUGGUUUGUCUCGCUUGAUGGACGCUCUAAUGCUCAUAUUCGCCACUCCUACAUUGAUCUCCAGCGGGCGGGGUGCCAAGGCAACACGCCAAGCGAAGGAGGUCCGCAAGGUAAAGUCGUCGGCGGGAGGCGCGGCGGGAGGCGUGGCAACAGCAACGAUGCCAGUCUGGACUCCGGCGUGGACCUGAACGAGCCAAGAGCGGGCCGCCGGGGGAGAGACGGAGGGCGGGAGGAAAGAGAGAUUGACAGUUCAAAGGGCCCACCACCAGCCAUGGCCUACACUCAGCUGGUGUAUGUGGAUGAUCUGGAACGGGGAGGCAGCGAGGAGGAGUCGCCACAGUGCAGCCCACAGGACAGUAAAACGGGACCCAUCCUGUCAGACACAGCAGAGGUUCAGAGGGGGGGUCAGGGCCAGGGGGAUGUGGAGGAAUUACAAAUACAAGAGGAACCGCCCUCACUUUCCUCCUCAUCCCCUGCUUCUCCUCCUCCCCUGUGUACACCAGAGGGAGAGACGUUUAGGACUGAUCACGCGCUGCUGUCAGUCUCUCCCGAUGACGAUGCAGCACACGAGGAUGGAGAGGAGGAGAAAAAGAGUCCCUGGCAGAAGAGAGAGGAGCGACCCCUGCUGGCCUUCAACAUGAAAUGAUCCAACGAUGACCACUUCAAGGAUAGGACCACAUCUUUUAUUAAUCAAAUACUCACAUGCCCUUUUGUACAUUGCAAGUAUUUUUGGUUGCUGUAAUUGUUCCUCCUGUAAACACUGGCCCUUCUUAAAGCAACAAAUCCACAGUCCUUUAUUCUUUGCUAAAAUUCAGGUUUAAGAGGCUUUAGCAGUCUGAAUAAGUCAAAUCAAGUCGGAAUCUCCCAAGAUUAGUCUUUUUAGAAAGAUGGAGGACUUUGUUCAUUCAAAAAGAAAAUUGCAGCAUUCCAGUAUCAACAAUGAAAGCAUAAGAUGUUAAUAAGUACUAAGAGUGAUGAAAACAAAUACUCAAAAUCUCUAAGACUAAAAGUGGUGAACUUCCCCAAUUUGAGUCAAAAAUCUAACUUAUCUUAGUAACAUCUCAGCACACAGACAUAGUACUUAUUUUUUGACUCAGUCUGACUUACACUUACUGAUAUCAUUAUCUCCAAUGUCCAUCAUGAAUAAAAGGUCCAUAAACCCACUUAGAAAUCCAGAACUAGUCCCCCAUCUCCUAUAUUAAAAUCACUUCAGUACGGGAUUUUGCCGCUGCCAGUGUAGACGGAAGGAAUAAUUACAGCAACUACAAUUGUUGUAGAUGUGGGCAUUGGAUUUGGAAAAAAUGUGAACCUAUCCGUUAACCAUGACGCCCCCCGCUGACCAGACCAUAACGUGAAGGAUAUAAGCGUUUAAAUGGAGACGUUUAUUUUUUUUCUUUCUUUAAUAGAGCACUGAGAAAACAUUUCAGCACUGGGAUCCAUCUAGUCCAGAGUAUGAGGGGUCGAUUCAGAUCCUUCAUGAACAUCCAAGACCACUUUAUGAAAUUACCACUGUUGUUCUCCAUGUUGCCAUCCUCACGACGCUCUACAUAAACAAACCACUCAUCAGGAAUGAUGUACACAUUACCUGAGCGAGACAAAUGGACGUUGGAGGCAAGAGAUUUGAAUAUUUUAUGCACAACAAAUGUAUGCCUUUUUUUUUUAUAUAUAUAUAUAGCCUUGUAAUCAUAAAGAGACUGUUGUAGAAACAGAUAAUGGGUGGUUUUCACAAAUUAAAAACUACAGGAGCCUUUUUUUCUCAAGCCAUAUUGGCCUCAGUCCACUGACUGUAAAGAAUAUGCUAUACUUUAAAGUUAGAUUAUAACCCUAAUUUUUCAAGAUUGUGAAGCAGCUGUGCAAAAUACAGCAAGUAAUUUUACUUUUUUUGCAGUCUGUUAGGAAAUUAAGUCUUUCGGCAUGUUUCUGCACAAGAAUCAGGCUGACAUAAACAUGUGAAUCCUGUACUUUGAAUGGUUUUAAGUACGUUGCUAGAAUUGAAUUUAGCCCGUCAGAAAGCUGUUUGGGUGUUGACAUGAUCUACAGAGGGAGUGAAGUGUUUGGACUGAAGAAAUUAAACCACUAUCCGCACUGCAACAGAUAAUGUGACACACCACUAUGCUGGUGGGUGAGGAUGUAAUACCACUACGAAACUGUAGUUCCACCCAAAAUAAUUGUGAGGUGUAAUAAUAAUAUGAAGGGUUUUGUAAUUGUUGAACCACUGAUUGACAUAUUUUUGCUCUUACGGCUAUGCAUCACUUUUAUACGGCUGCUUGCCUUUUUUGUAAUUUUAAUCACUAUGAUUUCAAAUUGCCAACAUGAAGUAUUUUACCCUAAAAAUAGGCUGUUUUUAUUUUAUUGAAUAUUUUAAGGGCUUUUCUUCUUCACCCGCCUUAUUGUUAGAGAUACAGAAACAAACGUAACUGCUUUUACCUGAAACCAAACUAUUUUUGCAUGCUGUGUUUCACCUUCAUUUUUUUUAACCAUUUCCUGAUGUUCCAAGUGCCUUUGAACAACCUGACUCAACAUUGAAUUUGUUGAACACCUUUCUUAUUUAUUUCUCACCUUCUUUUGCCUUCCAUAUUUUCUCCUCUACCUCAGCCCUCCCUUUCUCUCCCACUUGUGAAAGAAAGCAUGCAGUAAACUUUGCUCAACACUAGCGUUUUAAAAAGCUACACUGCAGACAUCUCCCAAAUGCCUACCAGCUGCUGCAAUCAUAAAAUCCUCUACAGUAAUCAGCAAGGCACCAAUCUGUCUUAGUAAGCAGUUCAGGAUUUACAGAAAGUUGCAGUGUAUUGAGGGAUGGAUAAAGCUAAGUGUGUGUGAUUGUAUGUGAAGCCAAACCGCAGGUCAUUUCAGUGCAUUUUCUUUUUUUUGUGUUUGUAGAGGGUGAAUGUUUUUCUCAAAUGAUUUUAUAUGCGCCAGGGUGGUGGUGGUGGUAUUGUUCAUCUGCAAUGCUGCUGGCUGUGAGUUUGUGUUGUCAGACUGUGUGCCCACGAGGGAGCGCUGACAAAUAAUCAACAUACAUCCACUCAAGGCUCUUAUAGUCAUACAAUCAUAUUACAGUGUGUAUAGUUCUUUCCUUUCCUCUACCUGGUCAAAAUGAUUUGUGAGUUGGUGUUGUGAACGGCCUCUUCUCUCUUAAUAUCUCACACCAACAUCCAGAUCUAGUGUGGAGUUACAUUACAGCAUCCUGAGUGUGUAACUUGGUUGCGUGCAUUAUAUUUGAAGCCUAUUAUUCUGAAUAAACCG